CGCGCCCGGGUGAUGGACGCCGCCAAGCACGCCCACAAGUUCUGCAACGCGGAGGAGGAGGAGUGCGUCUUCCUGCGCAGACCAGAAGGCAUAGAGCGGCAGUUCAGGAAGAAGUGUGGCAAGUGUGGACUGCUGCUCUUUUAUCAACACCAGCAGAAAAACGCCCCCGUGACCUUCAUUGUUGACGGUGCUGUGGUCAAAUUUGGGCAGGGUUUUGGGAAAACAAACAUAUAUACUCAGAAACAAGAACCUCCCAAAAAGGUGAUGAUGACCAAACGGACCAAAGACAUGGGCAAGUUCAGUUCUGUCACAGUCUCCACAAUCGAUGAAGAGGAGGAGGAGAUCGAAGCGAGGGAGAUUGCAGACUCCUACGCACAGAAUGCAAAAGUGAUCGAGAAACAGCUGGAACGCAAAGGCAUGAGCAAAAGGAGGCUACAGGAACUGGCUGAGUUGGAAGCCAAGAAAGCCAAGAUGAAAGGAACCCUGAUUGAUAACCAGUUCAAAUGAAACGCUGCACAACCGCUGGCUAUUUGGAGACAGGAGAAAGCUACCAGCAGCUACCGGAGAUCUGUCAGUGAAGCAGAAUUAACAGUGUUCAAGGGCAGCGUGCUGCAGCCAGCCUGGAGGAUGAGUACCUCUCUGUCAUGAUACUCUG